CAAACAAAUGAAAUACCCUUUUGAACGGAAUUAAAUAAUAGAAAAUAAUGCAUUUAAAGUACGGUUAUGUACACAGUCAUAUAAAAAUAUUUUCGUACUGUACAAUGACAAAUCAAUUACUUUAGCUAAAUAGUACAACGUCGUUAAACUAGUUAUUAACACAUUUAAAUCACAAAUACGAAUAAAAUCUCUGUUACGCUGUACAUGUAACUGAUACGGAUUUCGGGUAAUGGCUCGGAUAGUAUGGAUACUUUUUCUGUGCACAAUUUUUCCUGGAGUUGUAGGUUUUUCGGGGUCGAAUGUAAAGGACGUCAUCACCAAGUUGUUUACUACAGACGGAUACAGCAAUAAGGUCCGGCCACUGCAGAGCCAGAGUGUUACGCUCAUCAUUAACGUGGAAUUUUAUUUGAAUUCCGUCAUUGAUUUUGAUGAGCAAGCCGAGGUUUUAACAACAUCCGGGUACUUGGCGCUCACUUGGAUGGAUGAGUAUCUUACAUGGACACCGUCUGAUUUUAACGGAACAACGGAAAUAUUUCUCCCGCAAGAUGAUAUAUGGAAACCGGACGUCUCUCUGCGAAACACUUACAACAGUUUUAAGGGCUUGGGUUCCACUUAUCUCUACGUCAAAGUUCAACAUAACGGCGAUGUAACGUGGAAGCCGUUUCAAAUUCUCAAAUCAACUUGUGCUGUUGAUAUCAAAUAUUUUCCAUUCGACAAACAGUUAUGUGAAAUCAAAUUCACUGCAUGGAGUUACUCUCGUUUAGAAAUCGAUUUGAAUGCUGGAGCAAACGGUGUUACACUGGAGGAUUAUUCGGCUAAUGCCCAGUGGGAGCUAACUAAAACCAGCUACAAGGAAGUCAACGAUGAUUCUGAUGAAGCUGCCGUGAUCUUUGAAAUAGAACUUAAACGGAAAUCAAGUUUCUACGUCAUCAAUAUCAUUGCACCUGUCAUUUUGUUGUCUGUUUUAAACGUUUGUACUUUUCUACUUCCGGUAGCGUCUGGUGAAAAGGCCGGUUACUCUGUGACAGUUUUCCUGUCGCUGGCUGUAUUUCUUACUAUAAUUGCGUCUGAGCUUCCGAAGAACUCUGAUGUUGUCUCGUUUAUGUCCAUUUAUCUACUUUUAAUGAGUAUUUUGAGUACAUUAAUUGUAGCCUUGUCCCUUUUGCAGAUACGUAUGUCUGAGUGGGCAACAGAGCAAACACCUAUUAAAAGAUUCCUUGUUUUACUAAUCAAAAUUUCAUUGUUUCUUAGAUGUAAAUCUUGUUCAACAAAAAUUGGUCCACGUUCUAGCACUGUCAAAGUUGUAGAAAUAUACGAUGAUGACAAAAAAUCGCUUAAGUCUGUAAGUGACGACGAUUUUGAUUGGUCAGAUGUUAAUGACGCAAUAGAUUUUCUUUUUUUCUGGCUUUCGAUGAUUUUCACGUGUGUGUGUACUGUUGUCAUUUUCUGCCUUUGUGUAACGCAUGGUUAACCACGGAUUUAUGUUAGAAGGUAACGUGACUUGUUACAUACUUAGUAUACCUAUUACACCCCUUAUUGAUAGGAUGGUAUCUGUCCUAAGAAUGUAUUUGCCAGUAAUAUCACUAUAAUUCGAGAUAUGUUCAUACUUGUGUCACUAAGUGGUAGAAGAUUCAUUUCUUAGUUAACGUUUUCUUAUUGCUCAAAAUACUGUGUAAUAAAUGAUAUUUGUUUUAUUAAGUGCAGACAUUAACCAUUUCACUGUGUUAUAAUUACAUGAAUUAUGCUUAUUGGUUAUACGUACUGUGUACGCAUGGGCAUAUUGCCCGGAUGUAUUAUGUUAAAAACUCUUGAAUUUUUUGUAUUUUCAAACAAAGGCAAAUGUGUCUUUCCAUACUUUAAGCUGGUAUUAUACAAAAUACGUGAAAUUUUGUGGAAACAAGUCAAUUUUCGCUGGAAAAAAUGUCAUUCCUUCAAAAUCACAUCCAAUACUAAGAAAAUGCAGUCUAGGUUAGCAUUUCAAUGUUACACAGCCAUGUUAAAACGAAAUUUAUUGUUACUUUCUCCUAGACGGCGUUUGUGUAUCAAGU